AUGGCUUCUCCAGAGGACCUAAUGUUGCAAUUAUUUUCACUGCAAAGGCAAAGAACAAACCCGGAGAGCAGUGAAGACAAUUCAGAGGUUGGAAGAGAGCUUCUGCAACUCAUUUUGACAUUCGAUGCAAACAGUGAUAAUUCUUCUGAUGAUGGUGAAGAUACUACGAGCGCUGAAGACUAUUUCUUUUUAAUUGAGCCGAAACCUCCUGAUGUCUAUUCUCCUUGGAUUGUCUCCUUUGGAUUGUGCUUUUGUUCUGCUUCUCGUUGUCUGGCACGUUUUCCCCUUUACCAUCGCGAUGUAUUCGAAAAAUCAGAGUUCAAGGAUUAUGACUCAUUACUCGAUGCUCGUUUUGCUCAAGAAAUGUUAUUUUCUAUGCCUGAAUCUGAAUACUCAUCUGAAAAUUCUACAGCAGCCUAUUAUGCUCGUGGUUUAAUUGUGAGUCCCUUUUGGAUUGGCAGUGAAUUACAACGUGAACUUUUGGUUAUAGACACUGGAAGUCGUCACGUUUGGUGGCAAUGUGGUCCAUGUGAAGCAAAUAAAUGUUAUGAACAAAGGAGAAAUUUAUUAUAUGAUUCAACACUCUCCAAAACUUUCCAACAAAUUAAUUGUGUCACUGACACUUCAAGUUGUUUCCAAGGGCAGAGAAUUUCUUGCUCUAGACGAGAACAAAAAUGUAUUUAUGAAACAAUAUACGGCGAUGGUUCAGUCUCCACUGGAUUUAUGGCUUAUGAAAUGAUAACAUUUACUUCAAUCCAAGAUUCAGCAAAAAUAAUAUUUGGUUGUGGGAAAGAUCAAAUGAGUGGGGUUAAGAAAUUCCCAAGAUUAAUCAGUGGAAUUGCUGGUCUUGGUGCUGGUCUAUAUACUAAUGGAUUUGAGAAAUAUUCAUUACAGUCACAACUUGGUGCUACAUUAUUCUCUUUUUGCAUUCCUAGUUCUACCUCAGGAAAGCCAUCUACACUCAACUUUCACAAAACCCCAUGGAAAACUGGAAUAAGGACAACCCUGAUGAGGAGCAACAUGUUUCCUUCAUUUUACUACUUACGAAACUUGUCGAAAAUUACGAUUAACGAUAGGGAAGUUCCUAUUGAUCCUGCACAUUGGAAUUUGGGUGCAGAUAAAAAUGGUGGUAUGUUUGUAGAUACAGGAACCACUAUUUCACAAUUUUCUGCUGAUGUUUAUGUCCAAUUUAGGUAUAUAUUUAGGUCUGAAGUUAAAGGUAUGAUUUUGGAUGCAAAUCCACCAGAUCCAUUUGAUACUUGCUAUUUGGCAG